AUGUCUCAACCAAAUAAAAGCAAAGAGUUCAGUUUACUCGAUGCCAGUAUUUCCGAGCUGCAAAAUGCCCUCACAUCAGGACAUCUGACCAGCGUGGACCUUGUCUCCCGCUAUCUACGCCGUAUCAGCGUCUAUGACGCCAACGGGCCAAAGCUUAGUGCCAUUCCAAUUCUCAACCCGUCGGUCUUCGACGACGCAGCUGCUUCAGAUGCUCGACGUGCAUCAGGACUUCCUCCUCGACCACUGGAAGGUAUUCCAUACCUAGUGAAAGACAACAUCAAAGUGAAGGGUAUGGUAAUUGCCAACGGCUCGCCCGCAUUUGAGCACCUCAUUGCAAAUAAAGAUGCCGCCUGUGUACAAUUGCUCCGUGAUGCCGGCGCGGUCCUACUAGGUAGAACUAACAUGCCUGCAAUGGCAUAUGGAGGGAUGCAGCGUGGUGUCUGGGGACGAGCUGAGAGUCCCUAUAACAGUGACUAUUUAGCAGCUGCAUAUGCCUCUGGCUCGUCGAAUGGGUCAGCUGUCGCUACAAGUUCGAAUCUAUGCGCCUUUUCACUGGGAACUGAGACAGUUUCAUCUGGCCGUUCGCCUGCAUCAAAUAACUCUAUUGUUGCAUAUACGCCCUCGAAGGGCCUUAUCUCGCUUCGCGGCGUCUUUCCUCUCUACCCAACAUGCGACGUACUAGUACCUCAUACUAGAACAGUCGCUGAUUUAUUCUGUGUUCUUGAUGUACUAGCCACAUCUGACAAGGACCCACUCGGAGACUUCUACAAUGAACAAACCAUCGUCUCGUUACCUAAAAUAGACUCCAUCCGGCCUCAGUCUUUCUCCACACUCCAAGAUAAAUCGUCCUUACAAGGAAAGCGAAUCGGUGUACCCUCAAUGUAUAUCGGAGGUGAUGACUCGUCCAUUCAAUCCAUCAGCAAAGUUUACCCCAGACCUUCAAUUAUCACACUAUGGCAGAAAGCCCGUCGCGCCCUCGAAUCCUGUGGCGCAGAGGUAAUCGAAACUGACUUCCCUCUCGUGACAAAAUACGAAAGCAACGCAGCCUCCGGUCAGCUGGUAACCGUCAGAAAUCUCCCAGAAGGCUGGCCCGCCAAGGAAAGAUGCGAAGUUGUAGCGCACGCAUGGGACGAUUUCGUCACAGCAAACAAACAAAGAGGUCUUGAGUCACUUACACGCGUGGAUCCAAACACUAUCUUCCCUCUUGCACCGGGUUCAUUACUCGGCACUCCUGAAGCAGCGAAUAAGCCGCGCUGGGGCGAGAUAGUAGAGUACCCACGCACCAAACCAAGCUCUAUUUUCGAGAUCUCAGGAAUGAAACAAGCUGUCCAAGCACUAGAAGAUGCUAGGAAUGAAACAUUCGAGAAGUGGAUGGACGAACUUGGUCUUGAUGCUGUUGUUUUUCCGGCUAUAGCGGAUGUCGGCGCUGCGAAUGCUGAUUGUGAUGAGGAGGCCUCGCGGUAUGCUUGGAGUAACGGGGUGAAGUACUCGAAUGGUAAUAGGCCUAUACGUCAUCUUGGUGUUCCGACUAUUUCGGUGCCUAUGGGUGUGAUGGAGGAUACGAAGAUGCCUGUUAGUUUGACUUUUGCUAGCAAGGCAUAUGAGGAUACUGCUUUGUUGCGAUAUGGUUUCGCGUUUGAGAUGGCUUCCAAGAGUCGUGUUCAGCCGCCGUUAACACCUGCUCUAGACUCCGAUCAAAUAGCUAUCGGGGAGGUUGCCUUGAACGGUACCUUUAAUGGUCCACCAGAACUUGUGGUUGAAAUACAGGAAAAGAAGAUCCACGGCGAAGAUGUGCAUAUCCAAGUUGUGGGAUCCACGAAUGGGGCUACGUUAAAAAGCCUGAGCGUUCAUAUCAAUGGUCAGCCAUGCAAUGCUGUCAUUGAUGACGCAAAAUGGUCUGUCAAAAGAUCAUACCCAGUUUCCGAGCGCGAUGGUAAGUGGGAGAAAUGGGAAAGUCCAACACUUAAGCAAACCAUUGUUCUUGUGACUGCAUUGACAGAUGCUGGAUCAACAGCUGGGAAGCUCAUUCUUCUAUAG